AUGCAGGACCCAAAUGAAGACACUGAGUGGAAUGACGCUUUGCGGAGGUUUGGGAUCCUACCGGCUAAAGAAGAGCCUGUAGAUGAAACUGAAGAGCUGGUUUUGAGGCUGCAAAAAGAACAAGAAGUCAAACCGUUUGAAAAUAUGACCCUUGAUGAACUGAAGGAAGCUGAAGAGGAUUUCGAUGAAGAAGAUGAGAGAGCUAUAGAAACUCACAGGUGCCAACGUCUUGCAGAAUGGAAGGCAAAACAAAGAAACGUAGGAUUUGGAGAGUUGACAGAGAUUUCCGGUGACCAGUAUGUGAUGGAAGUAACAGAGGCUGGAGAACAUGUGUGGGUUGUUCUUCAUCUCUAUAGGCCUGGAAUACCAAUGUGCACUCUCCUCAAUCACCUCUUGAGCCUAUUAUCCCAGAAAUUCCCAGAAACUAAGUUCCUGAAAGCUAUUGCCAACAGUUGCAUUCCAAAUUACCCUGACAGACACUUGCCAACCAUCUUUGUGUACAAGAACGCUCAGAUUCAUGGGAACUUCAUUGGUGAAGCCCUGUGUGGAGGGAAGAAUUUAAAGAAGGAAGAACUGGAGUGGAUGCUUGCUAGUGUUGGGGCUGUCAAGACUGACCUUGAAGAAAACCCAAGAAAAGCUACAGUAGACAUGAUGACAUCAUUAAUAAGAAACUGCUGCAUUCAAUAUCCAGAUUGCAGUGACAGUGACACUUCCAAAAGCGACAAUGAUGGUGAUUGA